AUGCCAGAUCCAACUCAACAGUCUGCUCCCGCAGCCGCAUUCAUCGGCUGGGUCGCAUAUGAUGCAACCAGUCCACUGACAUUCACAACUUUCGAGCCAAAACCCUUCAAAGAAACUGACAUCGAAAUUCGAGUGACGCACUGCGGCAUCUGUGGAACAGAUGUACACACGCUACGCUCAGGCUGGGGUCCAACCGACUACCCAUGUGUAGUUGGUCACGAGAUCAUCGGAAUAGUUGAGCGAGUCGGAGCAUCCGUCCCGUCAUUGCCAUCAUCUCCAGAAUCCCGCCUGAUCAAGAUCGGUGAUCGCGUCGGUAUUGGCGCCCAAAGCAUGUCUUGUCUAAAACCUGACUGUGGGGCAUGUGCAGAUGGCCAAGAGAGCUAUUGCCCUCGUAUGACUGGCACAUAUAACGCCCGAUACCCUGACAAGAGCAAGUCAUACGGCGGUUUUGCCACUCGAUGGCGUGGACCCGCGCAUUUCGUCUUCAAAAUCCCUGAUGAGCUUCCAUCUGCUGAGGCUGCUCCACUUCUGUGUGGAGGCGUGACUGUGUUUGCGCCACUGCGUAAACAUGGUGCUGGACCUGGUAAGACUGUGGGUGUGGUUGGCAUCGGUGGACUUGGGCACUUAGGAAUCUUGUUUGCGAGAUCUUUAGGUGCAGAACGUGUUGUAGCAAUCUCUCGCUCAUCUAGGAAACGUACCGAUGCAUUAAAAGGACUAGGUGCACACCUGUUUAUCGCCACGGACGAGGAGAAAGGCUGGGCAAAGACUCACUCACGGUCGCUUGAUAUCAUUCUGUCUACUGUGUCGGCACCAGAUAUGCCGUUAACAGACUAUCUAAGAUUACUCAAGCGGAAUGGAACAUUCAUUCAGGUUGGGGCACCAGAGGACCCAUUGCCGCCAUUGAGGGCAUGGUCACUCAUCCAGAAGAGCGUGAAAGUAACAGGCUCAAAUAUUGGCUCACCGAAGGAAAUUCGACAGAUGCUGCAGCUGGCUGCAGAGAAGAGGGUGCUACCGUGGAUUGAAAAGCGGCCAAUGGCUGAUGUUCAUGCUGCCCUUGCAGAUAUGCAUGAUGGAAAGGCUCGCUAUCGCUAUGUGCUGCAGAAUGGAGAACAAGCUAAGCUAUAG